GGUGGCUUUAAUUGGAAGCAUCGAGCAGAAUGGAGCGACAUUUCCGCGCAGAAUGGAGCGACAUUUCCUUCAAUAUCCUUCUCUGGAAAAUAUUAAGUUUCCAUUCUUAUUUGCCAAAAACUCAUUUGAUUUGCGGACUCAUUUGAUUUGCGUGUUUUUAUUUUUUUAUCUCUAAGGCAUUUUCAAUAUCCUUCUUUGGGAGGUCUAAUCAACUUUCUAAUUUUGCUUGUACGAUUGAUAUUUUGGUACCUUAAUUGGAAGCGUUUUUUAUCUCUAAGACACCUUCUCUUGUCUAGCAUUUGGAGGAGCUUUAAAGAACUCAAGAAGUCGAAAAUAGAACCUUGUUCGCCGCCUAUGUUCGCUGUCUUUUAUAGAAGGUAUGCCUCGAUCGCACACAAAGGUUUUUUCCAAGCUAUAGCCUUUGCUCUCCUCAAUAUCUGACCAAGUGAUCAAGUCUAAUUCAGGUAGUCACCAGAUCCAGGGAUUACUUUUUUACCACCAGCCUUGCUCCUAUAUCAAAGGGACUAUAUCAGUGAAGAUGCAUCUACUUUAAGGAGUUUAAGGAAUGCCAAUCAAUCUCUCCUUCACCAUUGACAUCUGAAAAAACAAUGAUCUAUUUGCGAAAAAACUUCAAAAUAACAAUCCAUGAUUGAAGUCGGAUACUUUAUUGAGGAUAUUUGAUUGAAAGUAUUUCUGUUACUUGUCUGAAUUAGUCGAUGGAAAUGGAUUCUUUGCAUUAAUUAGAUAUAGUACAAGACCGUCGUGAAAUGGCGGUCGACUCCUUACGAUCAUCUCAGCAAGCCGUCCAGAUGAUCAACAUCACAAAGCUAUGUAAGAUUUCUCAGGCUGGCCUCCGCACCUCCUCUUUAAUGUUGUGUUGAGUAGACCGUGGCCCACGGAAAACUCUCGACGUAGCCUCAUUCCAAUAGUCAUUUCUAUCCUUUAAAACUAUGAACAAUUCAUGGGUAGACUUCACCAAAUGCGCUUAUUGGAGCCAUCACACAAUAACGCCGGCGAACUACGCUAGCCUGUUCGCGUUGGAUUGUGCUCUGUCGGUUAUCAACGGCUUAACAAGCCCCGCUACUUUUGCCUCUAACGCGCUCAUCCUCUUUGCUAUCCUGAAAACACCGUUGCUGCACACUCCAACCAACGUUUUGGUUUUCUCGCUGGUUCUCGCGGACAGCUUAGUAGGCGUUCUGCUUCAGCCACUAGCUGUUGUCUACUUGUUGAUUGAAGGCAACACCUGCGCCGUCAUAGACGCACUGACCUUUUUGAACGUUACAGUUAUUGGUGUGUCCUUAUCAACCAUGGCCUUAGUGAGUUUGGAUCUCUACUUGUCUCUUUAUUCCCCGUUCCGCUACCCAUCUAAAGUCACCAUUCGACGCGUCUCCAGUGUCUCAAUAAUUGUCUGGCUUUAUUGGACAAUUAUGGUGGCUAUCCCGAUGGUCACUCCGGGGCGAACAGCAAUGCUGUUGGUCGAAAGUGUUUUGGGUGUCACGUGGCUUGUUUGUUUGGUGGUAAUCGCGAUUUCAUAUUUCAGGAUUUUUUGGCUGGUUCGGUAUCACGUGACUAAAAUAAAGACAUUAACGCCUGUCGAGCACACCGGGCCACAACCGAUAGGGGACCGUGAAGCUAAUGUCAAUCAUAGAGGCUCCUUGAACUUGCAAUUCUUAAGUAAAGUGAAAGAAAAGGCAAGGAAAGAAAAGGAAGAUUUUCCAGUUUCUGAUCAGAAACUGUCAGUCAUCAACAGUAAGCCAAUCAGCACAUGUAGUCAAGCCGUCAGUUGCCAACAAUCUGCCAAAGACCAGCCAAAUAUCACUCGUCCCAAGCCUAUCACGGCCCAGCAACCAGUCAGAGCUCGUAAAACAAAAUUAGCUGUCACUAUGGGUUAUGUAAUCGGGACGUCACUAUUUUGUUAUUUCCCGUUUGGGGUGGUGGUGCUGUUUCUAAGAGUGAAUCCCAAUCCUUCCUUGUCUUUGGUAGCCGCUUUCUAUGUCCUGAUAACUCUGCAGUUUUUAAGUAGCUUUGUGAAUCCGCUAGUGUAUUGCUGGCGCGUGCGUGAGUUGCGGGAAGCCUGUUCUACUCUGUUACGGAGCCUGGGGAGGAGAUUUUUUAACUGAUGAUUGUUCUUCAGGGAAGCAAAGUCGUCAGUUGAUAUCUUUUUGUCUGGCUCAGGCAACAAAUGUGUAGACCUGUAGUUCGCGGGUCUUUAAUUUCGCGAUCGCAGAGAAAAAUUGUUUGCAGGGUACUUAAUUUCGCUAAAUUUGAAUUUCAGGUUACUUUAUUUUUUCGAUUAAAAUAAAAAAAAAGUAGUAGUCAACAACUGAAAUAGGACCAGUAUAUUAAAACAAAACAAAACC